CACCUCGCGUCGCUGAUCGGUCCGAUUUAACGAACUUUAACAGCAACAGACACAAAUAUCAAUCGCUUUGUCGCGGAUAAAUGAGCAUUAGUUGGAUGUUGAAGUAGUUUUUGUCCCCCUUCCUCCAGCUCCGGAGCGCAGGGAUCUGCGCUGUGCUGAGGCUGAGCUGAAUGAGAUUGAAGAAGAGUUCUUCUUGUUUUGUAGCUUCAGUUUCUCUGUUUUUAGACAAAUUUACUAAAACUAAAUAUAAAAUACAGCAACAAAAAUAAAGCUCUGCGGGAAGGAGUCAGUCGGACUGUUUAUAUGCUGUUAUUCCAUCGUGGAUCGGCUUCUUAUAGAUAUAUAUUUAAUUAAUCUAGAGGAGGACUGCUGCUGAGGCAGCAUAGAGGGGUGGAGUCCAGUCCCACAGCCAGGUGCGGCACUUUAAUGCUUCAGUUGGAUGGUUUUCCUACUGGAGACGGUGUUAAGGCUGAUCGAUCGGCUGGCAGACUGACUGGAUCCAUGAUGGAAUUACAGACGUUACAGGAGGCUCUAAAGGUGGAGAUCCAGAUCCAUCAGAAACUGGUUGCCCAGAUGAAGCAGGACCCUCAGAACGCAGAUCUGAAGAAGCAGCUCCACGAACUCCAAGCGAAGAUCACAGCGCUCAGUGAGAAGCAGAAAAAGGUGGUGGAACAGCUGAGGAAGGAGCUGUUGGUGAAGCAGGAGCCAGAGGCCAAGCUGCAGCUGCAGGUCCAAAGCCCUCCAGUAGGCGGCGACAUCAAGCCGGCCAACCUGCUGCAGACCCAGCAGGUAACGGGAGGACUGCAGCAGACCCUGACGGUCACGCCGGUCCUCACCACGAAGACUCUACCUCUGGUGCUCAAAGCUGCCGCCACGCCCACUCUGCCCGGCUCAGUCCUGCCACAACGCCCUCCCACUGUUGCUAUGGUAACCACAGCUAUCACCAAACCCGACUCGCAGAACACCCCCAUCAACCUGCAGGUGGCCAGCAAGCUGACCAAUCAGAGUUCGGAGCCUGUGCGACUGGUUUCCAAGAACGCCAUGGUGGUGCAGGCCACCACCACCACCACCGCCCAGCCAAUCAAAGUUCCUCAGUUUGUCCCUCCUCCUAGACUGACGCCUCGACCCACCUUUCAGCUACAGGUCAGGCCAAAACCGGCCACACCCACCAAUAUCCCCAUCGCUCCAGCCCCUCCCCCGCCCAUGAUGGCGGCUCCUCAGCUGCUCCAGAGGCCCGUGAUGUUGGCUACAAAGCUGUCCUCGUCAUUGCCGUCGGCAGCUCCCAUCCAUCAGGUCCGCAUCGUUAACGGACAGCCCUGCAGUAAGACUGGCACCACUCCUCUGACGGGUAUCGUCAUCACCACACCGGUCUCUGCUACCGCCACCCGCCUCGCUAGCCCCGCCCAAGCACCUAACCCUGCCCCCAUUCCUACCCCAACUCCAGUCCAGCCGAUUCAGAUCAGCAGCCUGACCACUGACCCCAAGCAGACUGUUAAAACAGGAGGAGGAGCUGAGCAGAAGGCCGUUGUCAGCCGCCCCUCUUCCUCCACCCCUCCCUUGUCUCCACCUCCACCUCCCAGACCCAAGAAGGAGGAGAACCCAGAGAAACUGGCCUUCAUGGUGUCUUUGGGCCUUGUAACACAUGACCACUUGGAAGAAAUUCAGAGCAAAAGGCAGGAGCGGAAGCGGCGAACAACAGCCAAUCCUGUGUACAGUGGCGCUGUAUUUGAGCCUGAGAGGAAAAAGAGUGCAGUGAGUUACCUGAACAGCCCUCUACACCAGGGGACCAGGAAGAGAGGUCGCCCACCCAAAUACAGCAGCGUCCCGGAGCUGGGCAGCCUCACCCCGACCUCCCCCUCCAGCCCCGUCCGUCCCCUCCCCCUGCCCAGCCCCAGCUCUGGGGAUGGAGACAUCCAUGAGGAUUUCUGCACUGUGUGCAGACGCAGUGGCCAGUUGCUCAUGUGCGACACGUGUUCUCGUGUUUAUCACCUGGACUGCCUGGAUCCACCCCUGAAAACCAUUCCUAAAGGCAUGUGGAUCUGUCCAAAAUGUCAAGAUCAGAUCCUGAAAAAAGAAGAAGCCAUUCCCUGGCCUGGUACGCUGGCUAUUGUCCAUUCCUACAUUGCUUACAAAGAAGCUAAAGAAGAGGAGAAACAGAAGCUGAUGAAAUGGAGUUCAGAACUGAAACUAGAGCGGGAGCAGCUGGAACAGAGAGUCAAACAGCUCAGCAACUCCAUAACAAAAUGCAUGGAGACCAAAAACACCAUCCUGGCUCGUCAGAAAGAGAUGCAGCUUUCCCUGGACAAAGUCAAACACCUGAUUCGCCUCAUUCAAGCCUUCAAUUUCAACCAAGCUCUGGCAGAGACAGAGGCUAAAGACGUCAGUACCAGAGUCCAGGACAAUGCUGAAGGUGUCAUCCCCUCUGAAGCUGCAGCAGAAGCCAACUCUGUUGAGAAAGUGAACACUGGGAGCUCCUCGUCCGGCAGCAACACUGAUGGAACCGAGAAAGAAGAGGAGCGUGGAGCCACAGGGAGCAACCAGACAACAGGAGGCGACACAGAUGGCCCAGCGGGCCAGGAAGACAGCAGCGUCAUAACAGCAGAUAACAGCCCUAGUGUUGGGCCUCGGGGCAAGGCAGGGCCCGGUGUAGGGGCAGGAGGGGGCGGUAACACAGGGACCGGCCUCCAGACGGAAGCUGUGGCCAAGGCUGAGACUGAGGCAGCUCCGGUGAUUGACAUUCCCACUCCGUCAGUGGUCGUUGCCACCACCAAUGGUACGGCCGAGCCCGCCUGCCCCGACCACAGCCCAGCAGGCGGAUGCACCACCAACGCCACCACCAACUCUGAGAACAAGAUGGCUGCCGUCAAUGCUACAGAGACAACGGUGGAGAAGAAACAGGAGGACAUCGCUCCCAGUGAUGGCAGCAACACCAACAACAGCAAAACCUCAGAACCCUCCCAGCAUUCUUUGCCAGCUCUUGUCAGCAGUUUGGACAAUAAAAAGUAAUGCUAUGUCUCUUGAGUUGCGGGAAUUCAAACAUAUAUAAAAAAAAAAAAAAGACUUUUGCUUGCACCGUUUGGUGCCCUGAAGUUGCCAAUCUGUAUAAAUGUUGUUUGUUUGCAUUGUAUUGUCAGACUGUGUCAAUGGUAGAUAUACAGCCCAAGUCACAUGACUCUGGGAUGACAUAGGCUGCUCCACCCACGGAGAUGGGUACAGGAAGGCUUAUGUACCAGUGUCAUCAUGCCAAUUAGUGAUAGACGUCAAGUGGUGGGAAUGCUCAAAGGGAGAUUUAAUUCAUCAUCACACCAGUGUGUGCCUGUUAUAGUGGCCCCUGUGUUCUCUGUGGAGUGGAGAGGUGGGUUCAUAUAGGUACGGAGAAAACCGAGAACAUGGAACCAAACAUCUGUCAGGGGUUACUGGUCUAAAAGCAGUGUUGUCAUAGCUUGAAGAAAAGAGAACCUGUUCAUCCCCUCGUCUGAACAGACCUAAUGUUAAUAACCUGUCACUGUCCCACUAUGUGGAUCUUCUCAAUUUAUUAACCUGAAUAUCCCCGUCCUUCUGAUUCUUCACCUGAACUUACCUAUGCCACUUCACUACCAAGUGUGACCCUCCAGUCUAAACAUCAAGGGUUCAGUAUGCUUUAAACAAAUCAUUUCAGUGCCAUCCAAAAUGUCUAAAAACAGAGAUUAUAUGUUUCAAAUGUGCAAAUUUGAAAUUAAGGCAACAUUAUAUUAUAUAUUAUAAUGAAGUUAGACUUUAUGAAUUCCUCGGCAAAGAAACAGCAUGAUUGUCCAUGAUGAAAAAUGUUGGACAGUCCCAGAUUUAAUAAAAGAAAAGUUAGUGUCAUUUAAACAAACACGCUACUGCACAGUGUUGUCCAACUGAAAGUAAAAUUCAGUGGUGUUUUUACCUUUUCCACAGGGACUCAAAAGGUAGAACAAAGCCUUUAAGAAACGUCACAUCAGUAGAAAAAAAAAACUAAAAGCUGAAGAGAAAGGGUUUUUGCUGUAUGAAGCAGGUGUGCUUAUAGGAUUGUUUAUUAGUAUGAGUAGUAAGACACCAAUAAUUUUUCAUAUUAAUAUACAUUAAAUUUUAUAAAAUAUUUAUUCAUAAAACUCCAACACAAGACUUUAUUGACAUAUCUUUAAACAUUAACAUUUCAGAUGUUUGCAGUGUUUGAAAUAGAACAUUUUAACAUUUUGAUCUUAAAACAGAAAGUGCAAGGAGUUUCCAGCAACUUUACUGCAAAGUCAAUAAAGUAAAGGUAAAUAUAACUCAUAAAACCUAAGGACCCCCUGAGCUGUGUUUGAGACAUUUUAAUUAUUCCACUAGAUCAUAAUUCUCUUUGGAAUUUGUGGGAAAAAUACUCAAAAACAAAUCCAAAUCAGAAAUCCUGCUGAGAGCUCUGCCCUUGAAUUCAGAUUAUUUUUGGAGAAAUGUCCUCUAUUCAGCAGAUGAAUGUGAGGAAACCAUAGAACUCAACAUAGACCUCUCCAAAAUAAAAGUAAGAGACUACACCAAAUGAAAAUAUUGAAAGCAUUUGUUUUCAGUUGGAGCAUUAAAAUUUGGAGUCUUGGGACUUUAAAUGUGUACAGAAAUCUGAGUUUUUAAAAAAUUCCCUCAUUUUUAAAUGACUAUUUUAUCAGAUCGUGGAUUUUAAUUAAAAAAACAAACACAUAGUUGUAAAAUUCUGAAUACUGGCCAGGCUGAUACUCCCAUAGAACUGACAAUUCAACAAACACUUUGCUUAAAGCAUACUGAAAUUUCUUAAGCGCCCUCACCAAUUUGCCAUGAACCAGUACCUUCAGCCUGUUAAUCAUGACCUUCACCUAAUUACCCCAGUCUUCUUGAACCCUAACAGUUUACCUCACACCUCCUCCCCACCUCCCCUUCCCCACCAGUAUCCCUGAGCUCAGGCAGAAAAGACGCGUGUUGAACGUGGUCCAGGUAUGGAGGACGAGGUCGAACAGGCUCGGUAGCCUAACAGAUGUUUUCAGUGGUGUCAGUCAAGUAAGUGUAGUGAUUGAGUUAUCAUUUGUGAGUCAAGUGUGUCAACUGUGAGCACUAAAUGUGAAAUUGCAAUAUUGCAAUGUCAACACACACAAAAACUAUAUCUGGGCUGUGUUUCUUUUUUAUAGGAAAAGAUAUUCAGGUCUUCCUAGUCUUCAGAAUAAGUGCUUUCUGUUCCUGAACCUGCUGGACUGGCAUUAUCAACACAAAAGGAAUCCUCUCUUUGAAGUGGUGAUCUUUGCAUUAUGUACAUUUCUGUUGAAUCCUGAACUGCCAAAAUGUAUCCAAAUUCAGCAGGGACAAGUCCACUUACUGUAUUGAAAGAUCAAAUCAUUGGCAUUGUUAAGAUGUAGAUACUACCAUUUUGGAAAUUGGAAGUCCCCAGACAGAAACAGGAAAGUUUAUUAAACAAUAACAUUUAGAGGAACUUUUUUUUUUCCUUAACGUGGAGGGAUUUGUUGUAUGAACCUGCUCCUUCAGAUGAGGAAGAUACCACAAAUCCUGAGAUUAAAGCACAAGCUUGCUGCAUUACAAAGAAGUGCUGAAGAGCUUUUUGUAUGUUAUUAUGGAAUUAAGCAGAGUAUGCAUCUCUUCGUUGUGAUGUGACUUACCCCACAUUGCCAAUAUUUUUCUAGGAGGAAAUCCAAACCUCUGUCUGACAUUAAGGCUCAAGUCUAGUUCAUAUUUUUGGGAGGAAAGCCCGGGCUUCUUCGUCUCCUCACAGUUAGACUAGUGCAUCUCUUUUCUCUGGAGCAUGUCUGGGUUGAAAUGUGAUGCUGUUAUUUGUCGGCGUGGUGGCUGUCAGUUUGGGUCUGUCUUUGUCUGGUGAAAUGUUCAUGACUUCUGGCUUCUUGUUGGGUGCGGGGCAUUAACAAACUCUGGUCUGUUCAUAAACGGUGCCUCUGGUUGUGCUGGAUUUUUUUUGUUUUGUUUCUGCAAUAUUGGAGCAUUUUUGCUAAGUUGCUCAAAAACAUAUUCACCCUUGUAGAAACCCUUUUUCCUGUUGAACAUCUCAAAAACUGUCAUUUUAAAAUCUUUUAUUACUAUGAGGCUCAAAUGACUGAAGUAUAGUUUUGUGCCUCAUGAAAUUUGAAAUUAUUUUUAUUUCUACCAUUCCAAUGAGGGCAGUACACAUAGUUAAAGGAUGAAUAUGUUGUUGGACAACUGUAACACAAUCUUUUACACAUUUCCUUUCAUAUCAUAUAGAGUUUUGUGAAUCUACAUAUCUAACAUGAGAUCUAAUUUUCUGACAUGAGCGGUACAAACUGCCUUCAUUCUGAAGAUCCCAGAAAAAGUAAUCAUCAAAGUCUUUCCUAGGCCAAGCCAGAGAUGCAACUCUUAACAGCAACAAAUUCGUCCCCAGUUCCUUUGGAAUUUCAUUUACUAUGUGUUUUGUUCUUUGUUGGCUUACUUGGAUGGAUGUUGACUUCUCAACAGUGUCCACCGGUUGUUAGUUUGUGUUCACUCAUGGAUAGAGCAGAGUAGUUUCUUCACUCAACAAGUUUCUUUCAAAGAGCCUGAACUUGUGUUCCAGACAAACUGGACCUUUCCCUCUGUACAGUAGGUACCUCGAGUGCCUUUCUUCAAACAGCAGAUAAUAUUUGUCUCUUGACUUGCACUGUGACUUGUAGAACCUUACUAGCCCUCCAGAUAAUCCUCCCACCCGUCCCGCCCCCCUCUGGUCUGUCCUGUUCUACCCAGCUUCCCCAAACGUUAACGGAGCACAACUCCAAACCCAGUCCCUUCACCUCAGGCUGCCAGUAGUCAAUGCAAGUUAAAACUACGUUUCAUAUUAUGCCGUUUAGUUCGACCACAUAGUGUUUUGUUGUUGUUUAAUAUAGGAGUUGCCUUAAAUGUGUUUUAUUUUCCUUUUUUUUUAAGUGAAUAACUUAAGUUUUUUUACAUUUGGAAAAAAAAAAAAAAUUACUGGCGAACGUUGUUGAAAAUCAGUCGCCUGGUGGUUGUCGCAGUCAAGAAAAUGCUCCAAAGAGGGAUUUUUGAUGAUGAGACCUUGCAUGGGAUAUUGAUCAGAUGUGACAGCCAGUUGUUUUGUGAUGCACUUUUGGUUUGACCAGUAUUAUUAUCAGUGUGAAAAUGGGAUCCGUCAGCAACACAAAUCGCAGUCAUGAGUCUCGCUCCAGAUUUUGAGAUUUUAGAAGAAUUUUUUUCAAUUUUAAGUCAAGUCCACAGUCAGGAUGCCGCUAGGUGUACCCAGGAGCACAUUUCUUUUCUUGAUCAGAAUUGUUCAUCCUUCCCUCUGUGCUGUGGUUCUUCUGUUUUGGAGGAGGGGUGAGUUUGCUAAAUCAGGUCAUGUGAGCCGGAGCCUGUGUGCAUUUGGAAUGAACAAACUAACCUGCACCCUGACGGGCAGACUUAGACCCAAUUAGCAACAUCUGUCCACUCAGUCCAGUGGAAAGCAUGCCUUCUUAUGCAAAUUUUAUACAAGAUUUGUCAAACCUUUUUAAUAUGCAUUUGCUUUUGUUUUUUAAGUUUUUAUGUGAAAUUAAUGUCACCUUUUCUUUGAACAUUCUGGCAUCCUGAUGCCAAAAGUGUGCAGUUAGAUAUUAAAACAGUGCAGUAGCCAUCCAUUGUUAGAACUGAAACAUUUCUUCCUGACAUCUUGUUUUAUGAAUGGAGCUGGAACCUUUUGGCUCUGUAGUUUAGAUUUAAUUUGAACUUGGCUAAUGCACCAUGCUGAAUGUUGGGAUCCCAGCAGAGCUGUGGGGUGGGGGCUCGAUCGAGUCUUAAUGUUUAAGAAAAAAAUGUGUUCAUUGUCCUCUUCUAUAGAAAAUUUCUAGGUUUCUAUAUAGUCAAGCUCUAAAAGUGAAUUUAUCCAAAGAACACUGCAAAUGUGCAUUUCUGUUUGGAAGCCUUUUUAUGUUGUUGAUGCAUAUCAUUUGGAAAUUAAUUUCUGCGUCAGCAUUGUGUGCAUUCACCAAGCUGGAAAAGGACCAUUUGUCGGCAGCUGAGAGCUGUUCAGUUUGUAUUUGAGAAAGUAAAAGUCUUUAUAUGCAUUAAAAAUGUUCAUCUUGCGUUCCUUCUAUGGUGGAUCCUCCUGGAAUCAUCCUGUAAAGUAGUUCACUCCAACUCUAUAGUCUUUUGAGUUUUUAGUUCAAACGAUCAAGUCAUGAUUGUGGCCUUCUAGUAUUGUUGAUACAUGACAUCAAUCCGUUGUUACUGCUCACCAUCCAUCCUGUCCGGACCCAACUGUACACCUGAAGCUUCUUACCUCAUCCACAGCUAAUUCCAUUGGGGGUGUGUUGAGUGCAAAAAAAUAAAAAAUAAAGAAGUCUUUUUUUAUCUUCCAUUUGGUGAGAUGCAUUGUAGCGAUAUGAAUAAAGAAAAAGUUCACCUGGUGUGCUGAAUAAUGUGUAAAUUGGUAAUUACACAAUCUGAAUAUUUGUAUAAUUGUUUGUAUUUUUUCAUAAUGAUUUUGGAAAGGAAUGUGUUUAUUUUUUUGACUUCUGUUCCAGAUGUGUCUUCUGUUGGCCUGACAUUGUGACUGGUCUGGUGGGAUUCUUACCUCUGUAUUGAGCCUCUUCUGUGAUGAAUUCUUUGUAUGCAGUGUUUAGGAAAUACUGUAGGGAACAUGGGGAGGAGUUGAUAUUAGGAGCAUUUGAUCAAUUUGUAUUUAUUUAUUUUAUCAUUUUGUUAAUAAAUUGUGAAAAGCAA